AUAUAUAUAUAAGUGAAGAUGCAGGAACAAAGAGCAGUUCUCACUUCCACUUCAAAUGUUUCGUAUUCUAUUUUCAGUGGAUAACAAAAACUGCCGUUUUUAUCUCUACAAAUACAGGCUGAUCCUCUCCACAACAACAAUGAACAUCUCUGAGGAGGAAAUAUGGGGCUCCAUUGGCAGUGAAUCCCCCCAGGAAAAUGUGAUCUUUUCUACUUUUUACAUCCUCAUUUUCAUCAUCGCUGUACCUGGUAAUGCCGUGGCACUGUGGGCCUUCUUUCACCAGGACAGUACGUCUCCAUUUAAGGUCUUCCUGAAGAACCUGUCUGUAGCAGACCUGUCUUAUAUCCUCAUUUUACCCAUGCGUAUAGUUUACCACUUGUCUGACAGCCACUGGCCUUUUGGACAUGUAGUCUGUCAACUUGCAGGCUUCCUCUUUUACUUGAACAUGUACUGCAGCCUAUACUUAAUGAGUUUUAUCAGCCUGGACAGAUUUCUGGCUGUGGUUCUACCUUUAAGGUCACAGUCAGUUAGGAAGGCUAUGUAUGCAAAGGUAGUUGUUGGCAUACUCUGGGUGAUAGUUAUUUUGUCUAUGAGUCCUUUACUUUUCUUGAAAAAGAAUAUGACCAACAACUCAACUGGUGUCUGCACCAUGCUGUACUUAGAAAAUAAAUCACCCAAAGCUUUGAUUUCCACUGUUGUGGCAUUCAUCAUUCCCCUCACCACCAUAGUGGUUUCCUACAUACUGAUUUUGUUGAAAUUAAGGACAUUGAAGCAACGCGAGGAACGACCAGUGAAAGACAAAGCUAUAAAAAUGAUCAUCCUCAUUGUGAUGAACUUCCUGUUUGCAUUUGUGCCCUACCAUGUGAGCAGGAUCAUCUACAUCAAAAGCCACAGUCUUGACCAACUGACUGCAGCAAGCUAUGAGUCACUGAGAAGGGCCAAUCGGAUUACAUCUGCACUGACCUGUGUUAAUGGUGUACUGGAUCCUGUGAUGUAUUUUUUCCUGAACCGUGCAUACAGGAACAAAUUGCUUCAGCUGUUCUGUAAAAACAGGGAAGAUGAUCAAUAAGUAACAAAUAUGGACACUAUUUUAACAUGUACAUAAAUGCAUUCAACCUUGGUUCAACUUGGUGAUUUCGGAAGUGGGUUACAAAGUAAUUCAAAGUAAUGCAGAGGAAGUAAUAAUUAUUCCUUAUUAUGACUUUAUGACUCUUGAAUUCUAAGUAAUGUGGUGGUCAGUGCUGUUGAACACAAACAUGCUGUUUGGAGAACCUUAGUACGUCAAAUAUGAUGCUCUGGUUGUGUGUUAGUUUUCCAACAUUAAGAAUAAAAAAAUGUUUUGUGUAA